AUGGACGCUAAGAGACCUUUGACUCGACUCACACCCCAAACCCCACCGCCCGUAUGCCCUGUCCCUUGCGCACUCGCAGUACGUGACGAUGCUCUCUACUCCGCUCUCCACUCGCUCUCCACUCUCCACCGCUCUUUGCCGCUCUCCACGCCGCUCUCCACCACUCUCCACCUACCGCCAUGUGCUGUUUCUCUUUGUUUUCGCCAUCUAAUCUAUUUUCUCCCUUUCCUUCGCCCCUUUCUUCUCACCCGCUUCUUUUCACCCCUUUUCCCCACCUCCAGCACCAUGGUAACGAAAAUCGUCAACACGAACAAUGUGUUGGUGAUUGGAGUGAAUUUCAAGAUGCCCGUUUCGACUGUCGGGCAGGUGGACUGCAAUUAUCUCGAGACUCGCUAUAUCGACUUCAUCGGCAAAUACGCUUGCCCUGCUGUGUGGCUGUACCGAGUGUGGGGUGUACAAGUGGUGCAGGGCAACGUGUACGGGCGGGUGGAGGUGGCACGUGCGAACCACUCGCGGAUCGACUCAAUGGACGUGCUCGUGAAGGCCACCAACCAGCCCGGAGCCAUUGUGGUGAUGCUGUCAGGGGACGGGCCUAACCUCAUUCGGAGUAACGUGGUUAUAUCCAACAACAACAUCCGCACGGAGGGCACCAUCGGGCAGGGCGCCGCUGUUGGCAUAAUGCUAUAUCGGGGAGCAGUGGGAGUGGACGUCAUCGGCAAUCGCAUAUCGCACUUCUCCCUUGCAAGCCUGCAGCUGGGGUGGGGGCAGAGCAACGUGGGAGACGCAAUGCUCUCCCUGGUCACCAAAAACGAUAUCGUUCACGGGUUCGGGCAGCUGGGGGAUAGUGCGGGUAUUUACCUCGACACGCACUGGGUAAACCCCGGGAAUGUCCUCCGAUGCAACUACGUGCAGCGGGGCGGGCACUGCUUGUAUCUCGACUGGGUGUCGUCUGGAACGGUCGUGGAUGGGCUCGUGUGUGAGCAGACUGCCGAUGGGAUGAAGCUUAACACGGGCAAGAAUAACGAGGUGCGCGGAAUGGUGAUUAUAGACAGCAAGGAGCCGCUAGCAGGGUACAUCUCGUGCCAGAAUUACGGAGUGAACAACUGCGACAAGCCCAACGGGAUCAAGUGGAACAACGACCUUCUCACCUACUACCAGACGCCAGGGAUCAAGAAAUUGCAACCAUCAAUUGCUUUCCUCUUAUCUCCCUGCCCUUUCGCUCCUUUCUCCCCCCCCCCCCCUUGCCCCUCCUCCCUCCCGCACCCCUCCCCACCAGCUCUUCCCAUUCCUCACCAACUUCUGCAAAAAGACCUCCAUCAAUAA